GCCAGUACGGGCUUAGGCGUCGCGACGUCGAGUCAGUUACAUCACACGAACUUCCGCGUUCGAGCGCGCCAAAAUUCUGUAGCUUACGUCAUCCAUACGUCAUAAAUCAAAUACUAGGUACUCAAUACACGUGGUACAUGAACUGUCAAAUGAUCUAAUCGCAAUUUUAAACUUUAGUGACUACAGAAUAGUAUUGAAAAUCGAUUGUUUGAUGAAUAUCGCGUGUGUUCUAUAAUACCUGUUUUUUUUUUCAAUGUCACGAGUGUAAGAUAAUGAUUUGUCUCUACACGUAGUGAUAGUGGAUAUUUUAAUGUGUGUGGACGAUGUGAGUCCAACGUGGUGUACGCUUUAGUUAAUUUUAAGUAAUUAAUUUAUUGAUUGAUUGUGAUAUUUUUAACGCUUAUUAAUAUAAUAGAAGAAAUAAAAAAAUGGACUUCAUAAUCGGCGGUCUAGCCGGCGCCGGCGCAACAAUAUUCACAAACCCGAUGGACGUUGUGAAAACUCGGCUGCAGCUACAAGGAGAACUGCGCGCGCGCACAGAGACCAACACUCGAUAUAGAGGGAUCUUUCACGCGCUGUAUGUCAUCGCGAGGGCUGACGGUGCGAUGGCGUUGCAGAAGGGGCUGGCUCCAGCUAUGGUGCUUGGUUUCACCAUGAAUUCUGUCAGGUUGGGCAUGUACCACGUAGCAGAAGUGAACGGCUGGACAAAAAACAAGAACGGCGAUAUAAGUAUAGAGAAGGCAAUAUUCUGGUCAGGCGUGAGCGGCAUUAUGAGCGGCGUCACUGGCAACCCAGCGUCGGUGGUGAAGACCAGGAUACAGGCAGCCGCACAUCCCAGCAUAGCUGUUGGGAGACAGCAUAAAUAUAAAGGAAUGUGUGACGGAGUAGUCACGAUCUACAAGACUGAGGGUCUGCGAGGCUUCUUCGCUGGAGUCUCCGCAACCUGCACGAGGCUAGCUAUAGGCAGUGCAGCACAGCUCACCACAUUCUCCAAAUUCAAGGAAGGUCUGCUAGCUCGUGGCUACUUUGUGGACUCACCAGUGGCUUUGUCAUUCGUGGCAAGCAUCGUGUGCGGUGUGAUCGUUGUGUGUAUCGAAACGCCGCUGGAUGUGGCAAAUACGCGGCUUUAUAAUCAGGGUUCUGCCGUAAGCGGUGCCGUCUUAUACAAUGGAGUUCUCGACUGCCUCUCAAAAAUAUACAGAACCGAAGGCAUUCACGGCCUCUACAAAGGAUUAGGACCACUCUACCUGAGGAUAGCCCCUCACACUACCCUCUCCCUCGUUAUAUGGGACGUGCUCAACAACCUCUUAGCGAAAAGUAAAAUAGAAGAAAAAGUUGUGGUUUAAUCUGGAGUUUUAUUUCACAUAAUAAAAUACUUCAAAAACAAAAACUCAAAUCACGCUUGGAAAGCGAUGGGUGGCGUAAAAUGUAUUUCCCAUUCGAGGUCUAGUGAGCUACUUUCUGAACUGUCAUCUUCAUCAUCUGCACUACAGCAACUGCAUUCCGACUCUUUUAGUUCUUCAUCACUGCAAGUGCAUUCUGGGUUAUUAGGAUCGUAUAUCCCGAUGGCCUGGUUAUACGCUCUAAGGCAUGUCUUCUGACAAACUUCAGGGUGGUACGGGUCCACCCAGACUUUAUCUACGGCUUCUUUGGUAAGACGCCGUUGCUUUCUCAGCCGUUUUUGUAUCCUUUCCUCAUUGUCCUCUCGAGUUAUCCUGUAGACGAGAGGAGUAUACUGGUCUAAGUUGACGUCACUAUCUUCGGGAGAUGCCUGCAUUUCGACACGAUACUCCCCAUUCCUCUUACUAAUAAUGAGCGUCGGUUUGUCUUCCACACGCUUCUUCGCCUUUUUGGUCAGCUUUACUUUCUUCUCAGUGUGGGUUUGACGCUUUGCGUUAUUCAAUUUCCUUAGAAGACGUUUGGAUAUAGCGCCUGGUUUCCAACCCGCAUUGGGAAUCUGUUGAAUUCAAUUUUAUUGCAAGUUAAUUUAACUCAAUUAGUUUUGAAAAAUUAAUUUUGUACAAUAUACGCAAACAAAACAAAAUAAAAUAAAAUAAAUGCUUACUUGCGUCCUUUCA